GCCGUCUCUUGAUCAAUACGGGCAUGCGCUGAGUGAUCAGCUUCUUUGAAGUCAGUAUGGGGGUAGAUCAUAGGAAAGCCGCCGUGUUCGGUGGUGCUCUGGCCCUGCGACUUCUUCUCUCAGUACUAUUUCCCUCACUCCCCGACUUGUUGACGGGUAGAGUCGAGGUAUCAACACCGGUGACCAGCUUCAAGAGACUUCAAGAAGGUCUUUUCCUGUACAUGCGCAAUGUUUCCCCCUAUGACGGAGGCGUCUUCCACCAGGCACCGCUACUUCUUCCUCUAUUUUCCCUCCUACCGAACGCGCAAUCCCAUCCUCUUCCUACUGCGUUAUUCUAUGCGAUGAUAGACCUGGUGAAUGCAAAUGCUCUGGUUACGAUCUCGGAGUCUGGACAGGCGGUAUCGGGGAGAUUCUAUUCGGCAUUGCGAAAGCAUAUCAGGUGGGAUGGAGUGUCUAUUGCGGCAUGGUUCCUGUUCAAUCCCUUCACCAUCGCUACCUGCUUGGGCCGGUCGACCGGGGUGUUCACUACGACUGGAAUCCUAUACGCCUUUUCAAGCGCUGUCACCGGAAACAGUCUGAAUGCAAUGCUGUCUCUGGGGCUUGCAUCGUAUCUAUCGAUAUACCCAGCACUUCUCCUCAUCCCGCUUGUUCUUCUAUGCUACGACCAGCGAGUCCAGAAGACUAAGGUUUCCUCCGGUACCAUACCGUUCGCUCUACAACACUUCGCAAUCUUCCUUGCAUGCAUUCUGGGACUGCUUGGCAUAUCCACCUUGUUGAUUGGCGACUUUGACACCUUCAUCUCUGCGACAUAUGGCUUCCAGUUGCUCGUGCCUGACCUGACCCCCAACGUUGGCCUAUGGUGGUACUUCUUCAUCGAAAUCUUCGACUCCUUCCGGGAGUUCUUCCUUGGGGUGUUCUGGCUUCACUUGGCUGCGUACAUGGGCGGCCUUACUGUGCGACUGCGCCGGCAACCUUUGUUUGUGCUGACGUCCCUUUUGGGCAUCUUUGCCAUUUUCAAACCGUAUCCCAGCAUUUCCGACGCAUCCUUAUACUUCGCCCUGCUCCCACUCUACCGCCACCUCUUCCCUCUGAUGCGAUACACCUUUUUCGCAAUCUCCGCCCUCCUCUACGCCACUCUCUUAGGACCCGCAUUCUACCAUCUCUGGAUCUACGCCGGCUCCGGAAACGCCAACUUCUUCUACGCCAUCACUCUUGUAUGGAGUCUCGGUCUAUCGAUAUUACUAGCCGACACCAUCUUCGCCGCCCUCCGCGACGAAUGGGAACACGACAACCCCGAGUUGCGCGGCAAAGAAGUGCGACAAGUUUAA